GAGAGCGCGUUCCAUGCGUCUCUUUCUGCUUUUCCGUCUCGGCUAUUCUCAACGAAUUUCGCCAUGUUUUUGCGCGUAUUUUUAUUCGUGGAAGGUCUCGGGUCUGUGCGAAAGUAUUCGGCACCGAACAAAACGUUGAAAGGCUUCGGUUGCAGCGGGUUGCCGCAGUUGUCGGCGGCUUUUCUUUUGUUGGCACCAUAUCAAUCCAUUCUCAUUUCCGUCUGGUCCCUCUUCCCCCCCCCCCCUCUUUUCUCUCUCUCUCUUACAUCCGCUCAACUUUUCUUUAUGUAUUUAUAUACAUACGUGUGUAGUACAUGUAUGCAUAUCUUUAAAAAGCGCAACGCCAUUGCGUCCGGGACAGCUGUCCUGCUCUCGCCACGGCACUCCCGUUUGCUGUUGUUGUUGUUGUUGUUGUGCUCUUUUAGCGUUGAUUUCUUUUUCACGCCGACAAUGAGACGAGUCGCUCGUUUGAAUUCAGUUUCUCUGCCUACCCCAAUGCCGAGGAAACAUUUGACUUAGAUCGUGAACGUACGCACCGUUUCUGUAUCUCUUAAUCGGUGCGUGUCCAUGACAACCAGUUGAUAACGGAAAGCCAACGUGGAGAGUGUAGUUUGACUCGGGAAAAGGACGUCAGUUUUUUUUUUUUAUUUAACAUGUUCUUUCUAAUUCGUUUCUUGUUCCUUCUCGGAUUCGGUGUGUGUGUGUGAUCUCAUUUUCGUUUUUUGUCUCCCCCCCCACCCCCCUUUUUUUUUCAUUUUGUGCAUUGGGAAAAGGGGGAAAAGAAAAGAAAAAAAAACAACUAAAAACAAAAAUAUUGGGACUUGCAACAUAAGAACUGACUCAUUCGAAUGGAAUUGGGCAAGAACAUAAGAAUACCGUCAGACAGCGAAAGAUGAGCGUGUCCCGCUAUUCUCGUGACUGGCAUUGGUACGCGUUCCGGGGAAAAAGAACGUCUGCAAUUCAACAGUUUGCAUCCACAGCUUUUUGCGCGGAAAAAGUUUUAUUUUUAUUCUAUUUUUAUUUUCAUUGAGUAGAGUGCGGGAGUGGAUUGCAAGUUGACGAACUUUAUGAAAUAGAUUCAUCGCCCGGAGCUUGGCGAGAAGCAGAAACGCCAACCACUCGGUAGUCGAAAGAAUCAAACUGGCAACCCUGGUGGGAACAAUUGAGCAACGCUUUCACGCUUACUGGAAAAAAAAAUAAUAAAAAAUACCUUGUUGAAUAUUUAUGUUUGAUUCCAAGGGCGGACGUAGCCCCUGCCGCUUUUGGACGUGCCCAAUUUCAAAUAAAAAAAAAAAAAAAGGAAAAUCAAAAACCCCAAGUGCAAUCAGGAACGGACCGGUGCAAGACGUUGCUUCAUUUCCGCUCAUAUCUGCUGAAAAAAUACCAACAGCAAAGUGAUUUGCAUAACACAUCAAAUUCAAAUCGAAUGAUUUAGGUGAAAACCAAAAACAAACAAAACAAAAAAAACAAAUGCGAAGGCGAUGAAGAUGAACCGAGCGGAAAUGAAUUGCAGGAGUGAAGUAGUGAAUGAAAGACACGCGGAUGGAUCGUUGUCACCGUCGAGCCUUUUACUGCGCCCAACCACCGGCGACAAUGACGGAUCGCAAUGGGCCAGCGACCGACGGAAGAGAAGGGCAACAGCUCGAACGCGAAGAGUUCGAGUCGACAGGCAGACGGAGCGCUUACGCUCUGCUCCGGAUGUUGAUCCAUGUUCCGGCCGCUGUUCGUCGAUGGCCGGCGGACAAGAUGAGUCGCUAUGUUCUCCAUUACCCGCGGCAUCCGCAUAUCAGGAAGCGCAGACAUGGCAGCAACAGCAGCGACGCCUGAACAAGCCGAUCGAUGCUACCAUGGAUAGCGCCACAGUGACACCCCCUUGCGAAGGAGCCAAUCCCGGAAUCAACGGCGGCCAACCGGAUCAACCCAAGCCGCCCAUACGACGUGAUUUAGGUUCCAGAUCGCGGAGCGCAGAGGCGAUGGGCACGCCGUCGCUGGACGGAAGUAGCCACGGCAAAAGUCGGCGGAUCUUGCCAUCGUUGAGGCGCAUAUCAACAACACCUUUGAAACCGAGACGUCGGUCUUCGUCCGAAUCGUCGGAAUCGUCGUGUCCGUCGGCGCCGACGGCUCCUAAACAGCCGGCCAGGCCGAGCCCGUUGAGGAGCGCGGCCGUGGCCGCAGCGCGCAAAACUCGCCGUUUAUUCGGCGCUAAAUCCAAUGACAUUUCACCUGAAAACGAAAGACGGAUACGGGCCAACGACACGGCUUACAAUUCGCAGUUCAACUAUUCAGAUAAUUACAUUCAGACGUCCAAGUACACGCUGCUGUCGUUCGUGCCGGUCAACUUGCUCGAACAGUUCCAGCGGUUAGCGAAUUUCUAUUUCCUGUGCCUUUUGGUGCUUCAGUUCAUCCCGUUCAUCUCGUCGCUGACGCCCGUCACCACUGCCGUGCCUCUCAUCGGUGUCCUCCUCCUAACGGCCAUCAAAGACGCCUACGAUGAUUUCCAAAGACAUCGCAGCGACUCGCAGGUGAACAAUCGAAAGUCGCACGUCUUGCUCAACGGCAAGUCGGUGGAAGAGCGUUGGCACAAAGUGCAGGUGGGCGACAUCAUUCGCAUGGAAAACGAUCAGUUCAUCGCGGCUGAUCUUCUUCUUUUGACCACGUCCGAGCCCAACGGCCUCUGUUACAUUGAAACGGCUGAGCUGGACGGGGAGACCAAUUUGAAAUGCCGCCAGUGCCUGAUGGAAACGGCCGAGAUGGGCCAGGAUGAGGCGAGGAUAGGCGGUUUCGACGGAGAGAUCGUUUGCGAACCGCCCAAUAACCACCUGAACAAAUUCGAGGGCCGAUUGACGUGGAAGGGCAAGCAGUAUUCGCUGGACAACGAAAAAAUCCUGCUGAGGGGUUGCGUCCUUCGCAACACGCAGUGGUGCUACGGCGUCGUCAUCUUCGCCGGCCGCGACACGAAGCUCAUGCAGAAUUCGGGCAAGACGAAAUUCAAAAGGACUUCGAUUGAUAGGCUGUUGAAUUUCAUCAUCCUCGGGAUUGUCUUCUUUCUACUUUCAAUGUGCCUGUUUUGCACGAUCGCGUGCGGAGUGUGGGAGACGGUGACGGGCCAAUAUUUCCGCUCCUACCUACCGUGGGAUCCGCUGAUUCCGGCCGAGCCACCGGCCGCCGGAUCGACCGUCAUUGCCUUGCUGAUUUUCUUCUCGUACGCCAUCGUUCUGAACACGGUCGUGCCCAUUUCGCUGUACGUCAGCGUCGAGGUGAUCCGCUUGGCGCAGUCGUUUCUCAUCAACUGGGAUCAGCAGAUGUACUACGAGAAGUCGCAGACGCCGGCCAAGGCGCGCACUACCACCUUGAACGAAGAGCUCGGCCAAAUCGAGUACAUUUUCUCCGACAAGACGGGCACGUUGACGCAGAACAUCAUGUCGUUCAACAAGUGCUCCAUAGGUGGCACGUGCUACGGCGACGUUUUUGACGCAAACAACGGCGAGGUCAUCGAGCCCAACGAGAAUACCAAAACAGUGGAUUUCUCUUUUAAUCCACUUCACGAACAAACGUUCAAGUUUUACGAUCAGACGCUUGUGGAUUCGAAUCGUGAACAAGAUCCUACCUGCCAUGAAUUCUUCCGACUUUUGGCACUCUGUCACACCGUCAUGCCCGACGAGAAAAAUGGGAAACUUGAAUACCAAGCACAAUCGCCGGAUGAAGGAGCUUUGGUUUCAGCAGCUCGCAAUUUUGGUUUCGUCUUUAAAGCUCGAACGCCGGAUUCUGUCACCAUCGAGGUGAUGGGCAAAACAGAAGUUUACGAGUUGUUGUGUAUCUUGGAUUUCAACAACGUUCGUAAACGGAUGUCGGUCAUUCUGCGUGGACCCAAUGGAAAGAUCCGACUUUAUUGCAAAGGAGCAGAUUCCAUCGUCUACGAUCAUCUCCAGUCGGGCAAUGACGACAUUAAGAACAAGACUCAAGAACAUCUGAAUAAAUUUGCUGGCGAAGGCUUAAGAACGUUGUGUUUGGCAAUCCGUGACGUGGACGAAGCUUAUUUUGAAGACUGGAAGGAACGACAUCACGAAGCUUCCGUUUCACUGAAAUCGCGAGAAGAACGUCUGGACAAACUGUACGAAGAAAUCGAACAAAAUCUGACACUGUUGGGUGCAACAGCCAUUGAAGAUAAACUUCAGGACGGGGUACCACAAACUAUUGCCAAUCUUGCCAUAGCAGGAAUUAAAAUUUGGGUGUUGACUGGAGAUAAACAAGAAACUGCCAUCAACAUUGGCUAUUCUUGCCAGCUGUUGACCGACGAAAUGGUCGAUAUUUUUAUAGUCGACGGCCAGAACGUCGAAGAUGUCGAGCUGCAAUUAAUCAAAUGUCGAGAAUCUCUACGUGGAUACGCCCGCAGUCAAGUCCAAACUGCUCUCAGUGGCAUCAGUGAUCGUGGCUAUUCGUCCAGCAUCGGCGGCGAAAUGGAGGACAUGGCGUGUGGACCAGGAUUAACUGGAAUCGACGAGGACAACAACACGGGUUACGCCUUAGUCAUCAACGGCCAUUCGUUGGUCUACGCCCUGCAGACCAAGUUGGAAAAACUGUUUCUCGAUGUCGGUACUCAAUGCAAAGCAGUCAUUUGCUGCAGAGUGACACCACUUCAGAAAGCCAUGGUUGUCGAUUUGGUGAAAAAAUACAAACAAGCCGUCACGCUAUCUAUCGGUGAUGGAGCCAACGACGUAUCAAUGAUCAAAACAGCCCACAUUGGAGUUGGCAUCAGCGGUCAGGAAGGCAUGCAGGCCGUCUUGGCGUCAGAUUACAGCAUUGCCCAAUUUCGGUAUCUCGAACGUUUGCUGCUCGUUCACGGACGUUGGUCCUACCUUCGCAUGGCCAAAUUUCUGCGCUACUUCUUCUACAAGAAUUUUGCCUUUACCCUUUGCCAUUUCUGGUUCGCCUUCUUUUGUGGAUUCUCCGCCCAGACUGUUUUUGAUCCGAUGUUCAUCUCGGUAUACAACCUGUUCUACACGUCCCUGCCAGUUCUAGCGUUGGGUAUCUUCGACCAAGACGUCAAUGACGUCAACAGCCUCAAGUACCCCAAGCUAUACACGCCCGGCCAUCUGAACUUGCUGUUCAACAAGGAGGAAUUCUUCAGGAGCGCCGUGCACGGAUGCCUCACGUCCUGUGUGCUCUUCUUCAUUCCCUACGGUGCCUAUUUUGACGGUGCCUCCCAUCAAGGGCACACGACUUCGGAUCAUCAGCUGAUUGGCAGCGUCGUCGCGACCAUCCUGGUCGUUGUCGUCACGGUGCAAAUCGCACUCGACACGGCCUACUGGACGGUCUUCAAUCACAUCACCAUCUGGGGCUCGCUCGUCUGGUAUUUUGCCCUGCAAUAUUUUUACAAUUUCGUCAUCGGCGGCUCCUAUGUCGGAUCGCUCACCAAGGCCAUGGGAGAAGCGACGUUUUGGUUCACGCUGGUCUUGUCCAUCGUCAUCGUCAUGAUUCCGGUCGUUGCGUGGAGAUUCUACUUUUUCGAUGUCCAUCCAACACUGGCGGAUCGCGUUCGUUUCAAGCAGAGACUUCCGCGCAUCCGGCCCCGCAAAUCGCAGGACUUUGCGCGAACGCCAUCGGCUCGCCGCAGUCGACAGUCGCUGCGCUCCGGCUACGCUUUUGCUCACCAGGAAGGUUUCGGCAAACUCAUCACUUCGGGCAAGAUUAUGCGCAAGACGGUCCUGAAUUUCGGCAGCAAAGCGAGCAGCAACAACGCGGCCAACAACAACAGCGGAAGCGUCCACAAUGUGUCGACAGGCGGCGGCCUGGCGUCGGUGGCCGAUCAGUCUGACGGUCCAGUUUCGGGCAUUUUUUAUCAUCCGAUGGGAGAGGAUGAUAGAAGUGUGCAACCCAGUACUCGCCAGUCUCACAAUGGCAGUAGCGUCCAACCGCGACCGUCGGCCGUCGCCUAUGCGCGGACGGGCAUCAAUAGUAGCCGGCCACGAUUGCAGGAUCCUUACGCCAUCACCGUAGAUCUGGAGUCUGGCGGGGAGCCUGCCUUACCCAAUACAAUGUCGACGUGAUGACGUCCAACAUUCGGACCAAACAUUUUGUCUGAUAACCAAAUUCAAAGUUUUAGAAGAAAAAAAAAAAACAAAAAAACAAAAAAACAAAAAUGGGGAAGGGGGGGGGGAGUGCAGUGUGAAACGAAAUGCCGCUUUUCUAUUUAAUUUUUUUUUUCUAAUUUGCUUAGUUUUUUUUUUUUUUCGCAUCUAAUUUACUUUGCCCAACCCUGAAACGAAACAACAACAACAACAAGAGUAUUCAUCUUCAUCCAAAGGUUGUGCCGGUUGCCUCUACGCAACAUUUUCUUGUACAGGUGUGGUACAGGUCCGAUUAGAUCCAAAGAAGAAGAAAAGAAAUUUAAAAAAAAAAAAAGGAAAGUUUUCAAAAGGAAAAAGAAAGAAAAAAAAAAAAGAAAAAUUAAACCACGCAAAAAUGAAAAACAAAAACAAAAAAACAGAAACAAAACAUAAAUGUCGUGAGUUGCGCCAUUUUUUGUUGAUUUAUUUUUAUUUUUCUUAUUUGUUCACCUACCAGUUUUGUGUCGUGCGUUUUACUUGUGUCGUCUAGUAUGUUGACAUAUUUUGGUGUCCUUUCGUAUUUUGGGAUGUUUUCGGUCGGAAAAUGAAAAACAAACACGAUUGUACCUUAUACAUCCGCAAUUGCGAGUUGGUGACCUUUCUACCCUUCCCCUGCAAAAAAAAAAGAAGAAAUUUGAAGAAAUUUAAAAAUAUCCACCUUAACCAAAAAAAUUCGCUGAUUAAUGAAUUGAAAAAUAACUUUAUGUAAUGGAAGAUCUUAUUACCCCUCCCCCCCAUUCACUAACUUUAAAAUUUAUUUAUUCUAUUCAUUUUUUCAAAAUAUGAAAUGUGGGAUAUAUUUAUUGAAAUAAUAACACUACGAUUUUUUUUUCUUUUUUCUUUUGAUAACAUAAUUAAAUACCCAAUAAUGUAAAAUGUUGUUUUGUUUUGUUUUUUUGAACGUCAUCAUUCCUAUAUGAACAAAUUCAUUGUUUUGUUGAAGUGAAAAGGGGAGUUGUGUGCAUGACUCUUCGGUACUGUGUACGUGCAAACUAUGCUGCCCAUUUAUUUUUCUUUAAAUCCUUGCAUAUUUUAUUUUCAUCGUGGAAAUUAUUUCGUCUGGUUUAUACAGCCCCACCCCACCCCCAAAUCCCUACAUUCUCGCAACUACCACUGUCCGAACCGUUUUGUGGUGCGCCUUUCACUUGUACGAAUUGCGUUUUCUUUAUUUCUGGUUCUCGUAUCGUUUCCAGUCUUCAGCAUUUUUGGUUUGUUUUGUUUAAUGAGAAAACAGAAAUAUUUGAAUUAUUUAAGUAUAUAGUAUAAAGUACAUAUAAAUAUAUAUUUCAAUUCAAAGAUAACUCGCUUUGGACGCGAAGGAGACGCUAUCGAUUCAGACUUGUCUGGUUCUGUUUUUUCUUGACAGAUGGCAUCUCAUUUUAUUCUUGAAUUUUCAUUCUGUUUUCCCCCCUUUUUUUUCUCACUUUGUUUAGCUUAUUAAUAACUAAAGUUGAAACUUAUCUAAAUGAAGGCAUCGUGAAGAACAUUUCGUUUCCUAAUUUCCAUUGAAUUUUUCUAUUGUUUGCAGUUCGCCCAAGUUUUGUGUUUGUUUUUCUUUUCUUUUUUUGUAAUUAAUUUAAAUUGGAAAACAAAAAAAUUGAAUGACGGAGCUCGUAUUCAAUGUGAAUGACAUAUUUUUAUAUCUAUAUAUUUCUUUUUGAUUCGUUUGUCUUUUGUUUGAAUUUUCCUGUCAGCGUGCUGUCAUAUACCAUGCCUUUGAAUUUCCAUUUCUGUUCAAAUAUUUUUUUUUUUUUUAUUUCUAGUCUCUUUCGCCUUUCGAUGGAUGCCGAACAACAAUAGGGCCCGACUGAUUCAAAUUCUUUAACCCUCCGUUUCCUAAACAUGAAAAAACAAAAAUCGAUGAAAUGUAAUUAAAAAUCAUUUGAUUCCCUCGCGAGAAAAAUGGCCCUCCCCUAUUUUUUAAUUUUGAAGUCCACUAACCUCUCGAACCUUCCCUUUCGUGUCAACUACCAUACCAUCCACUUCCUUUAAACCUAUGAUAAGUCAUCUCCCGUUUAAUUGUCAUCGGAAUAGAACAGUGAUGACGCAAGAUCUGUAUAACUUACCAAGUGCCUGCCAUGCCUGUUUUAAAUUUCUUUUCAUCACAACCCCGCCCCUUCCCCCUCUUUCAUCCUUUCCGCAUUACUUGUUUUUUUGUUUUUUUGUUUUUUAUUUGAUCAUCUUUUCAAUAAGAAAAAGGAAACAAAAAAAGAAAAAUCGAAUUCAAGAUCAUAACACGAAAAAAAAAAGAAAAGAAAACAACCGCACCGAUGCUACAUAUAACCACAUUCUGAUUAAUCCGGCCCCCAUUUUGAUUAUUUCGCCUCAGUCCUACCAUAUUAUACAACUGUUUUGUAUACUGUAUUGUCUGAUAUAGUAUAUAAAUAUAUAUAUAUAUAUAUGUA